UCUCUCUCUACAAAAGAAGAGACGAGCAAAUCUCACCAACAAAACCCCACCCUUCGUCCAUCUCCUCCCGUCGUUUCUCGUCCCCAAUCCCCCAACCCGCCAUCGCCGUCGAAUCUGAUCGCCCCCGCUGCCAACUCUAAUCCGGUCAACCGCCGCCCCUCCGAUCCAAAUCCGGCGCCGCGGCGAUCGCGAUUUGGAUCCCUGCGCCGCCGCCGCUACAGGACUCCGGCGAUCUCCCCUCCGCUGCCCCGAUCAUCCCACCCAGAUCCCCCCGCCGUGGAUGGAUAGUAGCUGGAGGAGGGAGGGAUCGACGAGCCGCUGCUGAGGGGAGACGAGAAGAUGCCCGGCCUGUUGCAGAGGAACGCCCAAUUCGGCAAUGCUCCGGCCACGCCGACCGCCCCCGGAUCCGCGUCCACUCAUGGAAUCUGGUCCAAGCACCGGGACGACAUCACCUUCGAUCAGCUUCAGAAGUUCUGGACUGAGUUACCCCGUAAGGCUCGACAGCAGCUCCUGAGGAUUGAUAAGCAUGCCCUCUUUGAGCAAUCUCGCAGGAACCUUUACUGUUCCAGGUGCAAUGGAUUGCUUCUGGAUGGCUUUACGCAGAUUGUCAUGUAUGCAAAGUCAUUGCAGCUGGAAGGUGCGGGCAUGUACCUGCCUAACAAAAUGGGGGCCUCCAAGAUUUCGAAUGAUAGUGAGUUAGAUGAAGUUCAGGAUCCAGCUGUACACCCUUGGGGAGGCCUGGCAGCAACCAAGGAUGGCAUACUAACGCUUCUUGACUGCUUCAUAUAUGCAAAGUCACUGAAGACGCUCCAGAAUGUUUUUGACAGUGCUCGAGCGAGGGAACGUGAACGUGAGCUGCUCUACCCCGAUGCAUGUGGUGGGGGAGGCAGGGGAUGGAUAAGUCAAGGGAUGUCUAAUUAUGGCAGAGGGCAUGGAAUUCGAGAAACCUGUGCUUUGCACACUGCCAGGCUUUCUUGUGAUACAUUAGUGGAUUUCUGGUCCGCACUGGGUGAUGAAACUAGAUUAUCUCUUCUGAGGAUGAAGGAGGGUGAUUUCAUGGAUAGACUUAUGUUCAGGUUUGAGAGCAAGAGGUUUUGCAGAGAUUGCCGAAGAAAUGUCAUUCGUGAAUUCAAAGAGUUGAAGGAACUAAAGCGCAUGCGAAGGGAACCCCGAUGCACUAGUUGGUUUUGUGUUGCAGAUGCAGCUUUCCAAUAUGAGGUGUCAGAGGACACUAUCCAAGCUGAUUGGCACCAGUCAUUUACGGACACAGUUGGAACAUAUCAUCAUUUUGAAUGGGCAGUUGGAACAGGAGAAGGGAAAUCAGACAUUUUAGACUUCGAAGAUGUUGGAAUGAAUGGAAAGGUCCAGGUCAAUGGACUUGAUCUUGGUGGUCUGAGUGCAUGCUUUAUUACACUUAGGGCUUGGAAGCUUGAUGGCCGCUACACUGAGCUCUGUGUGAAGGCACAUGCAUUGAAGGGACAACCAUGUGUCCAUCGCAGGCUAAUAGUAGGGGAUGGUUUGGUAACAAUAACUAAGGGGGAAAGUAUCAGAAGGUUUUUUGAGCAUGCUGAGGAAGCUGAGGAAGAAGAGGAUGAUGAUGCUAUGGACAAGGAUGGAAAUGAACUUGACAGUGAGGGAACCCGUCCGCAGAAGCAUGCCAAGAGUCCUGAACUUGCACGAGAAUUCCUUCUAGAUGCUGCAACAGUUAUAUUUAAAGAACAGGUAGAAAAGGCUUUCAGAGAAGGUACGGCUCGACAAAAUGCACACAGUAUGUUUGUUUGUCUUGCCCUAAAAUUGCUGGAAGAACGUCUUCAUGUUGCCUGCAAAGAGAUUAUUACCUUAGAAAAGCAGACCAAGCUUCUAGAGGAGGAAGAAAAAGAGAAACGUGAAGAAGAAGAGCGUAAGGAGAGGAGGAGGACAAAAGAAAGAGAAAAAAAGCUUAGAAGAAAAGAGAGGCUAAAAGGAAAAGAAAGGGAAAGAGAAAAGAAACUUGUUGAGUCAAAAUCACUUAGUGAGGAUUCACAUUCCUUUUUGAAUGACUCACCCACAAGUUUACAUGAUGAAUCACCAAAUUCUCUCAAGUCUGGGGACUCAGUUAGUGAAUCAGGAGAUAUUAGUCCAUUUCCUGGGCCUGUUUCUCCUGAUGUUACAGAUGAACAAACCUCGAUUGAGAACAUCAGUAUGAAGAACCUGAAGAAUGAUAGUCUGCAUCAUCAGUGUCAUGUUGAUGGAGAGCUCGGUGCUAGGGAUGGCAAUGGCUCUUUUGUACUUGAGCAGUCAAAAUCAUCGAGGAGAAAAUUGAGAUUCGGAAAAGACUCUCUUGUGGAUCAGGCUUCUAGUUGGUAUGACAAGCGCCAAUCUAGCAUUAGCAAUGAGAGUAGCAUUCAGCAAGAUGAGCCUGAUUCAAAUGAAUGCACGAUGUCUUCAUCUAGGGGCUUGAAUGGGCUUCACAGGCCAUCAAGAGAAAGGGUUGUGAAGAGCAGCGCUAGAAAUUGCAAUAUGAAAUACAGUGAUAAAUUCCACUGUUCAAACAGCAGGAUGCGAGAUAGAUUUGACUUCCAGGCUUGUAGCUGCAUCCAACAGGCUGAUUACAAAGGAAAGGAUGGGUAUCACAUUUGUACAGUCAGAUCAGCUAGCGAGAUCAAGAUUGCAAUUAAAACAGAAGCUACACUGGAUAUGCCUAGGUCAUUCUAUCGAAGUGUUAAAUACAAUAAUGGUUGUUAUGUGUCAGAUGGUACAGUAUUUUCAAAGGGAAAACAUGUUGGAGGAACACAUGGCAAGGAUAUUUUCCACACAAAACAGGUUUGGGAACCACUGAAUACACGCAAAAAGUGCUCUAGAAGCAGUUCUGAUCCUGACUUUACCUUGGGAACUACUGUUAAGGUUGAUCCAUCUGAAGAAGCUAGAUUUGAUAAGGAUAAGAAUGAACACCAGCAACCUUGUAAUGUACUUGAAGCAAUUCAUUUCUGCUCAUCUGAGCAUUCUGUAAGUUCAGGAAAAGCUGAUUCUUUGAAAAGUUAUCAACUUCAUGAGAAUACCAGGAAGGACUCCAAUAAAUCUGUUUCAAGUGCCCAGAAUGGUAAGCAGAAUGGAUUUGUCCCAGUAGCCAAGUUGGAUUGCUACUCCAAGAAUGGUGCAAUGGAAGAAGUUGACUCAUGCCCCAUCAUGUCUAGCUUUCCAAUGAAUAAUACUUGUGAUCCUGUAGCAAACUCCUCUAGUUCGGAUAACUGUUCAUCAUGUCUUAGCGAGGGGGACACCAGCACCAGUUCCUCAAGUACUCAAAAUGCAGAAUCAUCAUCAACUUCAGAUUCAGAAGAUGCUAGCCAACAAUCAGAUGGCAGAGAUAUAUCAAUGUGUGAUGGCAAUAAUUUUCACAAAUAUCUUGAUGAAACUGCAGACAGCAAUCAUAGGACAAAUGGAUGUGAUUCUUUCACCAAGACAACUGCAUGUUUUGCAGCAGAGAGUUGUACAGUGGCAAAAUUUUCAAGAGAAAGUGCAACAAAAGCUGUUCACAAUUCUGAAAAUGGUCGAUUUGGAUUUAAUAUGGCCCCUUCUCAGCAGCACAUGUUAUCAGUGCAUAACCAAAGCAUCCAUGUGCCGUUGUUUCCUUCUCCAACCAUGGGCUAUCAUAAUCAUGGUGCAACUUCUUGGUCAGCUACUCCCACCAAUGGAUUGAUGCCAUUUUCCCAGCCCAGCCAAUAUAUACUCCAUAGUCCACUUGGAUAUAGCCUGCAGGCAAACCAGUCCUCGGAUUUCUGUAUGCAGUAUGGUACCCUUCAACCUUUAUCAGCUCCUGCAUUUGAUGCAAACCAACAUUCCUUGUACCGGACUGCUAACAGAGUCAACAGUGCAAGCUCAAAGGAGCAAUACAAGAAUCUUGAUUCAUGUGGAUUCCAGCAAGUCAAUGCUGUUGGUGAGCUGAUAGGACAUAAUCAUCCUCUUGAAAAGUCAUUUCCAAGUAGGCAGGUGCCCUCAAAAACAUCAUCAGAGGGACAACAUGGCCGUGUUGAAAAUGCUUCUAGAUCACAUAAUGACAGUCCAUCCUUCUCGUUGUUUCACUUUGGUGGUCCAGUUGAUGGGGUUGCUGCAGGGUUCAAUCUGAAUUCACUUUCUGUAAAAGAAGAAACUACUGGAGGAUUUGUCUCUGAGUUACCUGCAGCUCAGGCUCAUACAUGCUCAAAGGAAGAGACAAAGAUUGAAGAAUACAGCUUAUUUUCUGCUAGAAGUGGUGUUAGCUUUUCGUUCUUCUAGUCCCGUCUCUAGAGUGGUUGCAAGAGUGCUGCUGGAACAUUCUGUCUGCCUCACUGCUUCGGUUGUGAAAAGUGUGAGCACUUGUAUGUGGUAAAAAUAAUCUUUCUAAAAAAUUUUAGUAUAUUUUGAUUUGUUGAUGUUUCCAAUUUGUGCUUUAUUGUUUCGGAUUGUAGAAAAAAUUGCGAGUGAUAUAGCUUUUCCCUUUUUUACCCCUAAGUGAGGAAAGUUUUCUGCUAUGAAUGCAAUAUUGAUUGAUAUUCUAGCUGUAGACAUUCUUUGAAAUCAUUUCACUGCAAGUUUAUAUCUGGAGAACUAGCUUUUGUAUUA